AUGGGGCCCGCGGCGGCGCGGAGCCGCACAGACACACAAAGAGCCGCCUCGCCCGCGUUUGCGCACGGCCCGGGCCGGCCCCGCCGGGUACGCGCGCCCCGCUCCCGGCAGCGAGGGAGCCCGCCGCCCAGAACCCCCGUGGCCCUGUGGCUGCGCGCGCACACACACACACACACGCGUGCGUGCACGGUCACACGCGUGCACAGACAGCUAGAGGCUGAGACCUGGUGUGAUCAGCACAAGACACCCUCCCCAAGUGCUCCCUUCUCCCAGAAGGAUUCAGUAGGUUCCCACUCUCAGCCCUUCUGA